AUGGAGGGGAAGGAAAAGGACGAGACCACUAUUGGUGCAACUCCCGAAGUGGACUCCGGCUCCGGCCAGAGCGCCUCGAUUCCCGGAGAUGGCGAGGGGAUCAGGCGGGACUUGGAGUCCCGGCAUAUCAACAUGAUUGCAAUCGCGGGAAUGAUCGGAACGGGGUUGUUUCUCAGUUCCGGUACAACCAUUGCCACAGCAGGCCCCGCCGGGGCACUUCUGGCUUACAUCGUUAUGGGGCUCGUCACCGCCGGCGUCUCGUACACGACUGGGGAGAUCACGUCCUUCAUGCCGUCGACUGGUGGUUUUAUUCGACAUGCGACAAAGUUUGUUGAGCCAGCGCUCGGUGCAGCCACUGGUUGGAACUUCUGGUACACCAUGUCGAUUUCCGUUCCUGCUGAGAUCAGUGCCGCUGCAACUUUGAUUCAGUUCUGGAACACAUCCGUGAACCCCGGGGUUUGGAUCACAAUCUUUCUAGUCUUCAUCAUCACAGUCAACUUCUGCGGCGUCCGACUAUACGGUGAAACCGAAGUCGUGUUCGCUUCUCUGAAGAUCAUGACCAUCAUCGGCCUCAUCAUUGGCGGCCUGGUUAUUGAUCUUGGUGGAGGACCUAACGGCGAUCGCAUAGGCUUCCGAUAUUGGCAGGAUCCUGGGGCUUUCAACAGCUACCUGGUCACAGGCUCAUCUGGCAACUUUCUGGCUUUCUGGAAAGUCCUGCUCUCGGCAGCCUUUAGCUACGGCAACAUUCAAGUUGUCGCGAUUUCUGGUUCUGAGACUCGCCAGCCGAGGAGGAUCAUCCCGGCAGCCACGAGGAAGACUUUCUUCCGCGUGUUUUUCUUCUACGUUCUUAGCAUUUUGAUCGUGGGAAUGAUCGUGCCAUCCAAUGACCCAUCACUCAGCAUCUCGACCGGAACCGCCCAGCAGUCUCCCUUCGUCAUCGCCUUCACCCGCUCCGGUGUCUCGGUGUUGCCGUCAAUCAUCAACGCUGUGGUCUGCACUUCAGCCAUUAGCAGCGGUUCCGCCUGCGUCUUCAUCGCGUCUCGAACCCUCUACGGCCUCAGUUGCGAUGGCCACGCGCCCAGGAUCCUUCAGCGCUGUAACAGGUUCGGGACACCUCACUACGCGGUGGGGCUGACCUGCGUCCUCAUGCCGCUUGUCUAUCUCAAUGUGGCCAACAACACCUCUGUCGUCUUUGGCUGGUUUGUCAACAUUACAACGGUUGCCGGUCUAAUCGGUUGGAUCGUGAUUGAGAUCACGUAUCUCCGGUUCUUCGCUGGGCUCAAGGCACAAGGCUACUCUCGGAAUGGCUUCGACGUCUUCACAACCGGGAACUUUACCGCCUCGGGGUUCUUGACAUGCUAUCUCAAUGUCUUCAUCUUUGCAAUCCUGUACAUCUUCUUUAAGUUCUACCUCAAGUCCCGAGUGAUUCCAGCAAGUGAGAUGGACUUUGAAACGGAAUUUGCGUCAAUCCGCCACGAGAAGGCACAAGAAGAGGUGUACGAGCCUGCAAAGUCGGGGUUCAAGCAUUCGAUUCGUAGGAUAAUCCACGCUGUGUAG